GCGUUUAGCCUGCAGACCUAAUUUAAUUCCACCGCUCCAUCAGACCCUCCUCGAAGUACUGGAUGCGAUCCAUCGAUUUACCGCAUUUGCGUCGUCCAAGCUUGCGCAGGUGGUCAGCUAGCGACCCUCCCAUACUCUCGGGCUCCGAAGCUUUGCUCGUCUGUGAAAGGCUCGACCUUCUUCAUCUUGUGAUCGGCGCUGUGUUGAAGAGUCCACAGUAUGGCUACGUUGUUGCAGCUAUGUCUGCCUCACUGUGCUUCACCUGCGAUUGUGUCCUUCCCUUUAAGUGCUUCUCCUUUUCAACGCCGGACAACCGUGAAAGUUGCACCUAAGUCGAUGCGGCUUUCUAUCUGCUACGCUUCAUCUGAGAAGGGAUCUCCCGACGUACUUCCCGAGGAGGAGUCCACGAUUUUCAAGGAUGAGUCGCAAGGUAUUAUCUGUUAUUACGAUGAGAAUGGCGACCUCAUUUGUGAAGGCUGGGACGAAGGCCCUCAUUUCCAGCCCGAUCCACAACAGCCUACUCUGAGGAGGCGUAGAAGAAUUAUUCCCAGUGAGGCCAUGCGUAAGGCCAUGCAAGCAAGAGGCCCUGGAGAGACAGUUGUAUUCAAGAAUAAUAAAGGCCAGAUGGGCGAUUCUGUUAGUGAAGUAGCUAAUGAGAGCACAACCUGCUCAGACCUGUAGAGUCAUAGCUGUCCGUGGCGAUGAGUAUCUGGCUGGUCGGUGGUAAAUAUUGUUCAUUACCAAGCGUCGUGUAAUGUUCGCUUCCAAUUUGGUGGUAUGCUUUUGCACUUUGAGGCAUAAUUUGAGCAGAAACAAAGUAUGCCUCAAAGUGCAGACAGUGAGAACAAACUACUUGUUUCAAUUGAACAGUGCCUCCUUGUGCAGAAUAUAUGUGUAGUGUAGCUGAAAUGAGCUGGGAAAUCCUGCUCCGCCUCUCAGUUGCCAUGAAUGAACGUGCAGUUAUGUGCUUACAGGCUGCAUGUUGUUAGUUGGGGUGAAAAACAUUCUGGGAAUGUGCUUUGCUGGGUUUGCGGAGACUACCUGCAAAAUUGUAAAACGGAUGCUAUGUGACGGGUUGAAGCAUACGCCCAAGCUUUGAAGUUCGAUCUU